GUGGCCUUAAAAAAGAUAUUGAAACUAUCCACAAAAUGCUCGGUGUAGGGAAAUUCCUAGUGCUUUCGCUGGUGGUACUGCUCCAGGGACCAGUUCCUGUACGGCUGGAAUCGUUUCUAAAUACUCCUCCCCCGGACUACAAUCAACGAACAUCGCUAAAAGAUUGUCCCAAGCGCUUUUACUCGGAUGUUGGAGAGUACGUCGGCAGUUACGGCGCGUUCGGUGGAUUUCGAGCAUUGCGUGGCGAAUUUCAGCACAUGGUGGCAAUCGGGUGGACGCGAGCCGGCGGUCGUAUUGAUUACCUCUGCGGUGGAAGCUUAAUCAACCAGCAGUUCGUACUGACGGCGGCACACUGCAAUGUGGAUGCAAAUGGCAUUAAACCGGACACGGUGCGGCUGGGCGAUACGGAUCUGGGCAGUGCCGAAGAUGACGAGUUUGCGCAGCAAAUCUCGAUCGCUCGCAUCAUCGUGCAUCCGCAGUAUCGGGGUUCCCGCAAAUAUUUCGACCUGGCGCUGAUCGAGCUGCAGCAAAUGGUGCAGUACUCGGAAGCGGUAUGCUCUACCUGCUUAUGGCAGGAGCAAACCCUACCGGACGGUCCGAUGGAUGCGGUCGGGUUCGGUGCGACUGGUUUUGGUGAAUCGCUCAGCCCAACGCUGCAGCGCGUGGUGCUGAACCACAUUGGGCGGGAGGAGUGCGAGGGAAGAAUCUCGGUAAAACGGCGCGAAAUGCCGGAUGGCUUUCGGGAGGAUCAGUUCUGUGCGGCUAGCAGCAGCAUGGACACGUGCGAAGGUGAUUCCGGCGGUCCGAUCGGUGUGAAGCUGUACGACGUGGGAGGCACAUUGACUCCGCUGGUGACGGGUGUCGUUUCGUUCGGCACCCCGUGUACUGCCGGAUCGACCGGAGUGUACACGAAGGUGAGCAAAUACAUCGGUUGGAUCGAGCGGGAAACAAACGCAUCGUUAAGUUAUGCAGCAUGCAGCAAGACCACGUCUUGCAUCGGACGACCUAGCGAGACGAUAAACGUUAACUUUGAACGGAUCUACACUCAAAAUCGAUUCGGUCUGCUGUGGCAGGAGAGUGACGAACUGUCCCUGGGGUGGGAGUGUGGCGCUACGCUGAUCGACUAUCAGUUUCUCCUGACGACGGCUUCUUGCGUCACAUCGCGCAAAGGUCAUCCAAAGUUUGUCGUUUCGCAGGCAGACGAACGGGCACCCAUCACGGACGUGUACGUUUCGCCUCGGUACAAGCCGGGUCGCCCAGAAAACGAUGUUGCGCUGCUGAAGAUAGACCAGUACGUUAACCAUACAGUGUACCGACCAGCCUGUCUGUGGGAUCGACAAACCGACGGUGAAUGGUCGACUGAUCCAAAGUUUACCGCGUACGGAAUUGUAGGAGCUGAUGGGCUGCUUAAUGACACCGUCACAGUAACCGCCCGCGAUAGAAAGGAUUGUGAGGAUGCAUCGUUGCGCGGGACAGAUCUGCGCUGCUUCCACAAUCAAGUACCGAUGAUGCCGGGUGUUUGUUGGAUGGACUACGGCGGAGCAGUUAUCGAUAAAGCGUUCUGGGGCGAACCGGUGUCUGUGUACGGCAUUGUGGCACCGUUGAGUAAAGAUUGUGGCUCAACGCUGUACAUGAUCGACAUAAGUCCGCACAUCGCAUGGAUAGAAGCAAUCAUCGUUGGUAGGCGCGAUCAGUUUCUAGUGUUCUCCGAUUAAAAAGGUGAUUUUUUGAAAUGUAACUUGGACUCUACAAUCGACUAACGGACAGAAAAUCCUUACCAACAUUCUUAUUUAAAUGUUUUCCUCUGCUCGGCACAUUUUGUAAGUUUCGAAGAGUACAAUAUAUAUUUAUUUGAAUCUGA